AUGGGCAACCUGGGCUGGAAUCGUAGAGGAACUCCGACGCGACCGCAGACCCACUACACGUACCAAUCCAAGACAGCUUCAAGGUCGCUCAGCUCCGUCGUCCAUUCGGCUCUAAGAUCAUGUUCACCACUCGAAUUGCCGGGACGGAUCGUAUCGAAACGCGAGCGCUAUAAGGAAUAG